AUGCCUUUGGACCCCCAUGUGAGAAGUACAGUCACUACUGAGGGUAUCAGGACAAGAUAUAGCAGAAUGGCGACUCCAGAACAUGCGCCCGGACCUACGCCAACACGGGCUGUCUAUGGAUUCUCCAUGUUUCUCCUGUUCAAGACACUUUUCUUCCUGUAUUUCAUCUGGGCACUGGUUCCAGACAGCGUUCUUCGUGGAUACUUUUCCCUUACCUACCUUCCGGACAAGUAUUUUGCCAUCUUCAUCCCAAUGAUGAUCCUGGUUGCGGUGUCGCUCUUCGCCUUUUUCAUCUACCCAGGCAUUGGUCUCCUCCUGACUCCUCACAUAAAUGAUGAAAAAACGGUCAGGGACUCCUAUUCGAUCUCCCCGUGUCAGAAGGACUGCCAAAGACCAGCAAAAGUAGAGAAAGACUCGUGGAAAAUCCAUCAGUUCUGCGAAAUUCACGAAGAUCGUAAAGAGACUCCGGUGGAAGACACAAUUUCUGACUUCUGUGACUGUCCUGCGAACACAAGAUGUGUUCUCAGGGAGAAUCCCGGUCAUUUAGAGUGUCUGAGGGGGAAGAAACAGAUCGCCAAAGCCCGCGAUUUGCCCAUUUCGGAUGUUUGUCGCGUGCUGUACAGAAAAUAGAGUCAAUUCAACAGUGUCACCUGUAUUGGUUGAAUAAAAAAAGGGGUCAGUACAAUUA